UUUCCCCUUGAAUUUGUAAAAACGACUGCAAAGAACAUUUUUAAUCCACGUUUUAAUGUUAAGUCUGAUCAGGAUCCGGAUCUGUUCAUGCCAGCAGCGUUACCCCAAAACAACUGCCGUCGGUGUGUCAGACGAAAAUUUUCAUUGCUGGAUCAUAAUUAUUGCUACAAAUGCGUUGAAGAAAAUUCUAUAGUUUUGUGGAAAAUAAAAAAUCAGGCCUGAGAAAAUGCAUCCAACAUGUUUGGUUCUACCAGCAUUGAUCCUCGUAUCUAUAAUGAUAGUUUGCAUUAUGGUCAAAUUUGCUGUAGUGGAUAAACCUAAGCCCGAACCCGGGGAGCCGACCAUGCUUGACCAUGGGAGCUUGAGGUUCGCAAAGAACAUGGGCCUCAUUAGACUCAGCGAAAAGUCGUCAUUAAACGUUUCAGAAAGAUUUCCAUACGUUGCGGCGAUAACCAGAAAUUCAUCCAGAACUUGGGAGUUUGCCUGCUUUGCCAGUGUGAUACUUGUCAAAUGGGUAGUGACUUCUGCCCAUUGCAGAAGAACAGGGUCAACGCAUAGAGUCUUUUUAUAUAACGAUUUCGCGAGGAAUGUCAGCACUAGCUAUCCCAUUAUGUUAUGGCGGUUACAUGAGUUGUACAAUUCGACAAUACCGUCUCCAAAGUAUGACAUAGCCGUUGCUAAAUUAAACCUAGUAAACGUAUUACCGUUCUCUUUGAAAUCAGCAUAUAUGGACGAGUAUGAGGUGACUGCGGGUGACGUCAGUGUGUGGAAGACUGUGUCCACCAUGGACAAAAAGUUAUAUUUGACGAAUGAUUUUGAAAAGAUCCCAGUAUUUAUUGCCCCUGGGACCAAGUGCUACGAGAGCUAUGGCAUUUAUUUGGACGAAAGCAUGUUCUGUGUUGACAUGUCAGAAUACGACAGUUGUUUUAUCAAUGAAUUUGGACCUAUCUAUACGGGGGACAAGAUUGUUGGCAUCAUAGCCGUGAAGCCGCGGGACUGCGACAUGAAGUUGGCGAUUUUUACGAAUGUUUCUUAUUACACCAAUUGGAUCUUGAGAACCACACACACGGUGCAGUUUGUGUAACUUUUUUGUUUUUAAUUACAAUUUGUUUCAC